CCUGGCCGUCAGCCAGAUUAUGUCUGCUGAUGAGCUCAAAGAGAAGAUAGCCACCGGUCCAUCGAUCGUCGAUUUUUACCUAACGUGGUAUGGACCGUGCAAACAGCUUGCUUCAAGGCUACAUAAACAGGCUGAAGAUACGAGGACUGCAGCGUUCUUGAAGGUGGAUGUGGAUGAGCUGCAGGAAAUGGAGCAGACCUAUAUAAUUACGCUGAUGCCCACCAUCCUAGGAUUUAAAGAUGGCGCAGUCAUAGACCGGGUUGUCGGCGCUGAUGAAAGAUUAACUAAGAACUUGCUGCAGAAGUUGACUGAAUAA